UUUAACCUUCAAAGUUAAUUUCCUCGUAUUUAAAUUGGAGUGAAGAAGCUGUGCUGAUAUUCUCUUAAAAUGCUUUGGUUUAUAUUUAUUACUAUUCGAAAUGUUUUAUUGUUAUUGACAACGAUUUUCGUAUUAUUUCUAAUUAUUUUGAAGACAUCUAAAAGAGUCCAAGACAGAUGGUUCGCUUUCCUUUUAGAGAAAAUACUUAAAAUAAAUAUCGAGAAAAACAUUGCUGCGGAAAAACAAAAACUAUUUACAGAAUUGAAACUGGUUAAAUCAAAAGAUCCUCAGAGAUUAAACGAGGGAAAAGUUAAAAUUUUGGAAAUUGGAGCCGGAAGUGGCUCAAAUUUUAAGUAUUAUCCAGAGAAUACCUCCUUAAUUUGUGUAGAACCUAAUAAUAAUUUUCAGAAAUAUUUUCAAGAGAAUCAAAGCAAAUUUCCAAAUGUAAAAUUGGAUUUGUUUAUUUGUUCCGGAGCAGAAGACAUGAAGGAAAUAGAAGACGAUAGUGUGGAUGUAGUCGUAUCCACUCAUGUACUUUGUAGUGUUAACGAUGUGCAGAAAGUCUUACAAGAAGUGAAGCGAGUUUUAAUGAAGGGAAGCCGAUUCUAUUAUUAUGACCAUCAAAUUUCUCCAGAGAUGAAUUUUACCGUAAUCUUUUCUAAAAUAAUCGAGCCAGUUUGGAAGAUACUUGGAGGAAAUUGUCAUCUGACUAGAGACAUUGGAAAAGAAGUGGAACGAGCAGGAUUCGAAGAAGUAUCACAAUAUUAUAAAUAUAUUGAUAAAUUUCCAUUUAUUGUAAGAUAUCACUAUUCUCUUAAAAUGCUUUGGUUUAUAUUUAUUACUAUUCGAAAUGUUUUAUUGUUAUUGACAACGAUUUUCGUAUUAUUUCUAAUUAUUUUGAAGACAUCUAAAAGAGUCCAAGACAGAUGGUUCGCUUUCCUUUUAGAGAAAAUACUUAAAAUAAAUAUCGAGAAAAACAUUGCUGCGGAAAAACAAAAACUAUUUACAGAAUUGAAACUGGUUAAAUCAAAAGAUCCUCAGAGAUUAAACGAGGGAAAAGUUAAAAUUUUGGAAAUUGGAGCCGGAAGUGGCUCAAAUUUUAAGUAUUAUCCAGAGAAUACCUCCUUAAUUUGUGUAGAACCUAAUAAUAAUUUUCAGAAAUAUUUUCAAGAGAAUCAAAGCAAAUUUCCAAAUGUAAAAUUGGAUCUGUUUAUUUGUUCCGGAGCAGAAGACAUGAAGGAAAUAGAAGACGAUAGUGUGGAUGUAGUCGUAUCCACUCAUGUACUUUGUAGUGUUAACGAUGUGCAGAAAGUCUUACAAGAAGUGAAGCGAGUUUUAAUGAAGGGAAGCCGAUUCUAUUAUUAUGACCAUCAAAUUUCUCCAGAGAUGAAUUUUACCGUAAUCUUUUCUAAAAUAAUCGAGCCAGUUUGGAAGAUACUUGGAGGAAAUUGUCAUCUGACUAGAGACAUUGGAAAAGAAGUGGAACGAGCAGGAUUCGAAGAAGUAUCACAAUAUUAUAAAUAUAUUGAUAAAUUUCCAUUUAUUGUAAGAUAUCACGUUUUAGGAUAUGCAACAAAAUAAAGGAUGAAAUCCAUUUUCUUGAAUUUAAAAUAGAUAAUAUUUAAGAUAAUAAUUAUCAAUUGU